UGAGACUAUGAGAGGAAGGCUGAUGGAGUGAAGACGAGCGAGAAGAAAGCGGAUAAAAAGCGACGGUUUACAGUUUUAAAACAGCCGUUAACGUGUUUUAAGAAGCAGCCAUGCCUUCCUGUCGCCUGCUCUGCCUGCUGGCUCUCGCCUUCUUCCAGAGCUCCGUGUCGGCCGAACAGCGGAAGCUCUCUCCAGAAAACCUGCUGGUGAUCACCGCGGCAACAGAGGAGACUGACGGCUUCCACCGCUUCAUGAGGACGGCCAAAGAGUUUAACUACACUGUGAAGGUCCUGGGUCUGGGGGAGGAAUGGAAGGGGGGUGACGUGGCCCGGACGGUGGGCGGAGGUCAGAAGGUCAGAUGGUUGAAGAAGGAGCUGCUCAAACACUCUGACAAGAAGGACAUGGUCGUCAUGUUCGUGGACAGCUAUGACGUGAUCUUCGCAUCGGGUCCGGAGGAGCUGCUGAUGAAGUUUUCUCGUCUGGGCCACAGAGUGAUUUUCUCAGCGGAGGGUUUCUGCUGGCCCGACCAGAGACUCGCCUCCAAAUACCCCGAGGUGCGUUCUGGGAAACGCUACCUCAACUCAGGAGGGUUUAUCGGCUUCGCUUCGGACCUCAGUACGAUCGUCCAACAGUGGAAGUACAAAGACAAUGAUGACGACCAGCUUUUCUACACCAAAAUCUACCUGGACAAGGCACAGCGGACCAAGUUCAACAUGACUCUGGACCAUCGAUCCAGAAUCUUCCAAAACCUGAACGGAGCCGUUGAGGAAGUCGUCUUAAAGUUUGAGAGGGCAAAGGUCAGGGCGAGGAACGUCGCCUACGACACACUUCCUGUUAUUAUCCACGGCAACGGACCCACCAAGCUCCAGCUGAACUAUCUGGGUAACUACGUCCCGACAGCAUGGACAUAUGAGAACGGCUGCGGCAUCUGUGAUGACGACCUGCUGUUCUUUAACGAAGCUUCUGAUGAAGAGAUGCCUCUGGUGUACGUUGCGGUGUUUAUUGAACACGCGACCCCCUUCAUGGAAGAGUUCCUGGACCGACUGACAACACUCAACUACCCCAUGGGCAGGAUACGCCUCUUCAUCCACAACAACGUUGUGUACCACGAGCGUCACAUCCAGAAGUUCUGGGAGCGUCACAGGUCUUUGUUCCCAGACGCCCAGCUGAUCGGACCGGAGGAGAACCUGCAGGAGGACGAAGCCAGAAACAUGGCUGUCGAGGCGUGUAAGAAGAAUCCAGAAUGUGACUACUACUUCAGUAUCGACUCCGAUGUUGCCUUGACGAACCCCGACACACUGAGGAUACUAAUAGAAGAAAACAAGUCAGUCAUUGCUCCCAUGCUGUCAAGACACGGGAAGCUGUGGAGUAACUUCUGGGGUGCUCUGAGUCCUGAAGGAUUCUACUCCAGAUCUGAAGACUACAUCGAGAUCGUCCAGGGCAAGAGGAUCGGUCUGUGGAACGUUCCAUACAUUACCCAGGCUUACUUGCUCAAAGGCAGCAUGCUGCGGUCCAAACUGUCCCAGGUGAGCCUGUUUGUGGACGAGGGGAUGGAUGCCGACAUGGUGUUCUGCAGGAGAAUCAGAGACCAGGGAGUUUUCAUGUUCGUGUCGAACCGCGAUGAGUUCGGUCGUCUGGUGUCAUCGGCCAACUUCAACACGUCCAGGCUGCACCCGGACAUGUGGCAGAUCUUCGACAACCCUGUGGACUGGAAGGAGAAGUAUAUCAGUGAGAACUACUCGAAGAUCUUUGAGGAUGAGAAGAGCUUCGUAGAACAGCCCUGUCCAGAUGUUUACUGGUUUCCAGCAUUCUCAGAGAAGAUGUGUGAUCAUUUGGUGGAGACCAUGGAGGACCAUGGGCAGUGGUCAGGAGGGUCACAUAAGGACGAGCGUCUGGCUGGUGGUUAUGAAAAUGUUCCGACUGUGGACAUCCACAUGAACCAGAUCGGCUUCGAGAAGGAGUGGCUGAAAUUCCUUAAAGAGUACAUCGUCCCUGUCACUGAAAAACUCUAUCCUGGAUACUACCCCAAGGCCCAGGCCAUCAUGAACUUUGUGGUACGUUACCGACCUGACGAGCAGCCGUAUCUGCGGCCACAUCACGACUCCUCCACCUUCACCAUCAACAUCGCCCUGAACAGCAAGCACGUCGACUACGAGGGUGGAGGCUGCAGGUUCCUGCGUUAUGACUGUAAGGUGGAGUCUCCCAGGAAGGGCUGGUCCUUCAUGCACCCCGGCCGCCUGACGCACUACCACGAGGGCCUUCCCACCACCAGAGGGACCCGAUACAUCAUGGUGUCCUUCGUCGACCCCUAGUGUGUGUGUGUGUGUGUGUGUGUGUGUGUGUGUGUUAAAGACUGUGUGUGUGUUUUAGGAUUGGGCGGUAUCUAUUUUUUCAUACCUUCAUACCUUCCUGACAUUUCACCAGGGUAUACGGUAUAUGACGGUAUUCGUGUAAAGAGAAAACAAAGCUGAGCCGCCAGUGUAUCUCAGGCCCGGCAGCCCACUGGGCCUGAGCAUCAGAGAAUGUUUUUAAUGUAUUUUUAGAUAUUUUUUUAAACUAAAAUGUGUUCUACAAGUAGCGUAGCUCCUGUAAGGAAUAGUUCAGCGCGUAGCGAGAGAGAGUGUGUUUGACAGUGAUGCUGGCGACUGGAGCAGAGGUGAACGUAGCAGUUUGCAGUUUGUCAACAGUUUAGGCUAUUUGUCAGCGAAUAAAUGCGACAACUCCUCAAGGCCCAAGCUCUCGUGUCCUCCUGCUCACCACCCAGCUGAAGGGAAAGGGGGGUUAGCCUCUGAAGCUAGAGACGACUUCAGCCCAGACUCACUUAAGGCGGAUCAGCGGUGACAAUCUCAGCUGCUCCUCCGAGUUCUGCUCAGUAACCUUUUAUCAUCGGGACUAAACCCAAAACACUCCCAAACAGGUGCAGAGGCGUUUUUUUUUUCUUUUUUUUUUACUAGUCCUGUAACCACUCGCAGUCGCCAUCUUUCUCAGCUCAACUGCCUGUUCCACUAACACAGACUGACCUCUUGUGGCCAUGCUGUGUACUACAAUACAUCACCUCAAUACAGCAUCUCCAUCAGAGGAAAGAGGAGCAUCUGUAUUUAUGAUGGUAUUGAAAAUCAUACCAAUACCCUGGUAUACCGUAAUACCACGAUACCACCAAGCCUAGUGUGUGUGUGUGUGUGUGUGUGUGUGUGUGUGUGUGUGUGUGAGUGAGUGAGAACAUCAGUCAACCUCAUCGUCACAGAUACAGACAGACCAGACAGAGGAAUCUGCAUGAAUUAUUAGAUUUGUGAAUUACUAGUCAUUGAACGCAUCGUCUCAACAUUACUCAAUCUAUUUUAUUUUCAUUUUUCUAAAGUUUUAUUGUCUUGUCUCUGAUUGGAUGAUCCGCUUCAUCUGCAUUAACACCUAAUGCACCUGUACCCAUGUCUCAGUAUCGGUGACAACGUAUCAUUUCAGUGCGUCAGGUGUAACCGGUAUCUCCAUGACAACCUUCACAGGAGUCAGACAGACGAUCCUGAGUGCAUCGUUAGACAUUUUUAGAAUAAGAGUCACUUUAUUUAGUCCUAAUUUUCAGUCAGUAGCUUCAAACAAGCAAAAGUGCAAAGAGGUGAGAAAAAACCUGAGAGAUUUCAUGGUCUUGAAGGCAUCGUUGCUGAACAUUUCGAUUUAGUCGUCACCGUGCUGCCUUUAUUACACUAAACUGCCUCGACAUAAAGAUCUAUGCAAGCAGAACACACUCCAGGUGUGUGUGUGUGUGUGUUUGUGUGUGUGUGUGCGUGUGUGUGUGUGCGUGUGUGUUACAGAGCGCCCGGUCAUCUGGAGCGUUUUUUUCUCCAAUCAAAAUUGGCAACAUGCUCAAGUAAAAACCGAAUAAUGUCGACCACAAAAUCCGUUACUAGUUCGCAGCCUGGGCGAUAUUGGGGUUACCGUAGCAACCAGCAACGUAGCUGAGAAUGAUGGGAAUCAAAACGUUGUUGUUGUUUUUUUGGAUGGAGCGUCACAGGUUGCUUUGAUCCUUUUAAAGUUUGAUACUACGAACAGAGAAUGUUGAAUCUGAUGAAAAUAAGUGUGAUGUAGAAUAUAGAAAAAAAUGCCAAAAAAAGACGUAAAGAGCUUAAAUGUUUUAAAAGAACAAGAAAGUAAGAAAAAUAUAUAUAUAUUUUUUUGAAUGCUAAGAAGUCUGAGGAGUUUGGUAAAUGUCUGUAAACUGAGUAUUAAGGAGGUGAAACUCCACUUAAAGAACUGUUACUGGGAAAACACUAAAGGCCUUUUUAUAUUUUACUGUUUUAUUCUUCAUUGUUUAGUUUUUUUUAAUUCAUGUUGUUCAUUUCUUGAGGUUUUCUAUGUUUCCAUCAUGUAGUUGGGUAUUUUUCCAUCAUCGUCACCGUGUGAAACGCUCGUCUCCUCACAGUUUUUAUCUUCUGACGGUUUUGAGUCUGUGAGGAGCGACUUCACGAGGUUUCCACCUGACGUCGGCUGUAGUUUUCUCUCCAUGCGUGCCUGUCGAUACGAGGAAUCAACUGUCUCUGGCUUUGUACAAACUGCAUUAAAUUAUUUGUUAAUGACUGAGUGAAUAAAGUUUUGGGGAUUUGAAUAAAUAAUUGUACUGUCA